AAAGAUCGAAACAGCCUGGUAUCUCUACCUCAGCGAGGACAUUAUUAUUCAUGUUUAAACCGAAAGAGGCAUAAGAAGCCACUACAAUGCCCACAAUCACCCUGCCACCGAAAGAGAACGCGCUCUUCAAAAGAAUUCUGAGAUGUUAUGAACACAAGCAGUACAGAAAUGGUCUGAAGUUCUGCAAACAGAUCCUGAGUAACCCCAAGUUUUCUGAGCAUGGAGAGACGCUGGCCAUGAAGGGUUUAACUCUCAACUGUCUGGGCAAGAAGGAGGAGGCGUAUGAGCUGGUGAGACGAGGCCUGCGCAACGACCUCAAGAGCCAUGUCUGCUGGCAUGUGUAUGGCCUGCUACAGCGCUCAGAUAAAAAGUAUGAUGAGGCCAUCAAGUGUUACCGUAAUGCUCUGAAGUGGGAUAAGGACAAUCUGCAGAUUCUCCGAGACCUCUCCUUGUUGCAGAUCCAGAUGAGAGACUUGGAAGGAUACAGGGAGACUCGGUACCAGCUGUUACAGCUCCGUCCAGCCCAACGAGCUUCCUGGAUCGGAUAUGCAGUGGCUUAUCACCUAUUAGAGGACUUUGAGAUGGCUGCAAAGAUUGUUGAGGAAUUCCGCAAAACACAGCAGACAUCGCCUGACAAAGUGGAUUAUGAGUACAGUGAACUGCUGCUGUAUCAGAACCAGGUCCUAAGGGAAGCCGGGCUGCACAAGGAGGCCCUUGAUCACCUCAACAACUAUGAGAAACAGAUCUGUGACAAGCUGGCUGUGGAGGAGAGCAGAGGAGAGCUGCUGCUAAAGCUGGAGAAACCUCAGGAGGCUUCAGAGGUCUACAGAAGACUCCAGGAAAGGAACCCAGAAAACUGGGCCUACUACCAAGGCCUGGAAAAGGCCUUAAAGCCAGGCAGUUUAGAGGCGCGGCAGAAGAUUUAUGAAGCGUCCUGCAUAAAGUUUCCUAAAGGCCUCGUUCCCCGAAGGCUGCCUCUCAACUUCCUCACUGGGGAGAAGUUUCGUCAGUCUCUGGACAGCUACCUGAGGAUCAACUUCAGCAAAGGCUGUCCUCCUGUCUUCACCACCCUCAAAUCCCUUUACAAUGACAAAGAAAAGGUCACAGUUAUUGAAGAAUUAGUAGUUGGCUAUGAAACCUGUUUAAAAAGCUGUCGAAUGUUUAGUGAAAAUGAUGAUGGGAAGGAGGAACCCCCUACCACCCUGUUGUGGGUACAGUAUUUCCUGGCUCAGCACUUUGACUUCGUUGGCCAGCCACGCCUGGCUCUGGAGUUUAUUAAUGCAGCCAUCGACAGCACACCUACUCUCAUUGAGCUCUUCCUCAUCAAAGCCAAGAUCUACAAGCAUGCAGGCAACAUAAAAGAAGCUGCUCGGUGGAUGGAUGAGGCUCAGGCCCUGGACACUGCAGACCGGUUCAUUAAUUCCAAGUGUGCCAAGUACAUGCUGAAGGCUGGUCUCAUCAAGGAAGCAGAGGAGAUGUGCUCCAAGUUCACACGAGAAGGCACGUCGGCAGUGGAUAACCUGAACGAGAUGCAGUGCAUGUGGUUCCAGACAGAAUGUGCCUUGGCCUACAAGGCGAUGAACAAGUACGGAGAGGCCCUGAAGAAGUGCCAUGAAAUUGAGAGACAUUUUGUGGAGAUCACUGAUGACCAGUUUGACUUCCACACCUACUGCAUGAGGAAGAUGACGCUGCGCUCCUACGUGGACCUGCUGAAGCUGGAGGAUGUCCUACGGCAGCACCCAUUUUAUUACAAAGCUGCUCGUACUGCAAUACAGAUCUACCUGACCCUGCAUGACAAACCUCUGACUGAUGACAACAAAGAGAGCCAGGCAGACACGGAAAAUUUGACAGACAAGGAGCUGAAGAAACUGCGCAAUAAACAGCGAAGAGCACAGAAGAAGGCCCAGUUAGAAGAGGAGAAGAAGAACGCAGAGAAGGAAAAGCAGCUCAAGAAUCAGAAGAAGAAGAAGGAGGAUGAUGACGAAGAGAUUGGAGGGCCUAGAGAGGAGCUAAUACCAGACAAACUGGCCAAGCCGGAGAAUCCUUUGGAUGAAGCCGUCAAGUUCUUAAUCCCGCUUAAGAACCUGGUGCGGAAAAAGGUUGAGACUCAUCUGCUGGCUUUUGAGAUCUACUUCAGGAAAGAGAAGUACCUGCUGAUGCUGCAGUCCAUAAAGAGGGCUGUUAACAUAGAACCUUCAAAUCCAUGGCUGCAUCAGUGUCUUGUCCGCUUUUUCAAAGGAGUGAGUGAGAGCACGGAUCUGGCAGAGGCAGUGAGAACAGUGCUGACGCAUGAGAUCUCCAGGCUGUUUGGAGAGAGCAGCCCUCAGAGCUUCAACAAGAACUACCUGAGCCAACACUCCAACUCCAUCCCACACAGACUGGCUGAGCCGGUCACACCAAGAACAGCUGUAAACGCGUCUCGCUCCCAGGACUCCCCAUGUGCUUCAGAAAAACCCUGAAACAUACUGAGUUUUGUACAUGACCAGAAAGAGUGAGUCAAGUUGCCAGUGACAGAUUUGCAUCUCUGACAGACAGGUGAGAUGUUGGGGAAGAGAAUAUGAAACCUUUCUGUGGAGUAAUGUGGCAUCCACUGCAUGUGACUGUGACAGAAAUAAGGAGACUUAUCAGCGUCAGUAUUGAAUUUAUUCAUCUGUGGUGUCGAGUUGGGCACGUUUGAUUUUUUAAAUAUAUAAUCUCAAAUUUUUAAGUACCAGAAAAAAAUCUUGAUGCAGGGAUUUUGUAAAUAUUCUGUAAUUGUGUGAACGACACAAAUUUAAAGAUCCCAAAUGUUACACAUGCCUUUCUUUUUACAGACUGUGAGUUUAGAUCAGUUUUCAAUUAGUUUCAAAGAAUGAUUUCCACAAAUUAGAGCAUCAUAAAGUACAUAUUGGCAGCCUUAAUGUAUUGUUUUGUCUAUCCAUCAGAUUCCCGCUUUGCUUGCUCUCUUAUUUUGCCAAAUCAGCUGUGGAAGGUUCUUCUGGAUCGUGAUGCCCGUCCAUCCCUGUUGUGAAAGGGACGGACCGUAAAUAAGUAACAUCCACCUAAGAGGAGACCGGCAUACAUCUGCUUACCUCCAUUUAUAGAAAAACCAGAAACUGAUUUAGUGUUAAGACAGAGGGGACUUUGUGGAUUAGAAACAUGUCAAAGAAUAUCAUCACGAGAUUAUCACAACUGCAUGUAAUGUAGGUCUGUAGCAAAUAAAGGAAGAAAAGAGGACAGCCUUUGUUAGAAUAGAUCGUUAUUGUCACUGUUACAAGAACAAUGAACAACAGUUUGGCAUCUCUCUAAUAGCAGUAUGUAGACUUUUACAUUAAAAUUACUUUAGAAUAUAAGAUCCACAGAUAUGUACAUGUUGUAUACAGUUGUGAUGUGUACCAGUCUAUUCUAUAAAUGUGGGUCCAAAACCAAACUUAAAGGGUACGUCAUGUAGAACUAUUUUAUUGAAUGACUGACUCCACUGUUUGUUCUGCAUACAAAAUGUUGACUCGGUGACACAGAUUAAAUACGUGUGCCUGCCUGGCAUAGAGCCAGUUUGGUCUGGAUGGAUAAUGGUACUCAGACAUUCUUUCAGUCUAUUAACCAGUUUUUCUUUUGGCAGUAACAAAGUAGGACAGCAGCUAAAUAUUUCAUAGAAUUCAGUGUUGAAGCCAUCUGGUUACUGGCUUUAUUAUUGAAGUGGGAAGAUAUUAUGGUUUGUAUUUCUUUCAGCUCAGUGUGAGCAUGUAAAUUAGAAGCUGAAUCAUCAGAUAUUGUGGGCAGCACUAAUAGCUCAAAGAAUGCAUCCCGAAGUUUAUCUGGUUCACCUUGCAAAUGGAAAACUUUUGCAUAAAAAUAAUCAAAAUCUCUGUUAGUUUUAUCCAGGAUUGUCAGAAAACUGCUGUUUUGUCACUUUAUCCUUUGUGUAACCUUAAAUGCUCAUGAAUGCUUUAAUUAACGGGCUAAUACUCAGUGGAGUUUAGCCCCAAACUCGGUGCUUCUGUGCAGGUCUGCAGGAAAAUUUUCAACUUUCAGCCUGAAAGGGUAACAAUGGAAACCAGCAACUAAACAAACAUCCACACUGGGGAAUACAAGCUAACUAGAGAUGGAAAUGUGUACAAAUCAUAGAGCAGCAACAAGGAGGCAAAACAGGGAACAAAAGACAAAGACUGCAACUAUAAAUGCACAGAAGGUUUGGGAUUGGGAAAGAGAGGAAACACCUCGGGAACGAAACUGAAUACUACUGAAAUAAACCUGAAUACUAAACACAUGGGACGGGGAUUACCUAAAUAAAACAGGGAGACAAACAUCACUGACAGAAACGUGACACAAAAGGGUGAACAAGAGGGAAAUCAUAAUUAUAACUAGGCACAAAGAAUAGAAUAGAGAACCAUUUUCAUGGUCUCAGAGAGUGGAAUCAAUAAAGACCGGAUCCAUCAAUCAGAAAGACUUAAGAGAAUAGAAGAAUGUUAGGGACGUCAAAUAUGAUCAAAUUUAUCAGCCUUACCUUUCACUGAAUAUCUAAUGUUCUCCA